AUGAUUGCUUUUUCCAUAAUAAAGACCCGGAUAGAUGCGAAAAAUUCAUCUAUAGCGGUUGUGGAGGAAAUAGAAACAACUUUCCUACUAGGAAACUCUGCAGGUAAUUCUACAAAUUACCGGUAG